GUCGUUGCGGGAGGGGAAGAAUCGGGAGAUGACGAAGGGGCGGCGGCGGAGGCGGGUGGGGCUCGAUUUCAUGGAAGAUGAGGGGAGUGGAGAGAGGUUCAGGGAGAGAAGCGAAGGAGGAGAGCUCUGGGAUUGGCUGGAGCUGCGGAAUGGUAGAGAGGAACGGUUCAUUUUCCAUAGAUGA